AUGUCGACUAUCACUCGAAACGAACGAAUCGACAAUUACAGCCCGACGGACAAUCCGCAUCUAGCCAGAAAGAUAUCCACCGAAAACCACGUCGGAGCUGUCGAUCAACGUAUCUCGCGCUACGAUUGGGUCAAAUCAGUCGGGACGGCACGCGGAAGAGGCAACGUACGUGUCAAGUGCGGACCAAAAUCAACAGUGAUUGGCCCGCAGGAUGAGGCAUGA